GCGUCGGGCGGGCGGGAAGGAGCGGCCGCUCGGGUAGGAUGGCGGCGGCGGUGGCGGCGGCGGCGGGCCCCGGCGCGGGCGCGGGCGGCCCGGGCGCGGCGGGAGGCGGGGCGCGAGAGGGCGCGCGGGUGGCCGCUCUGUGCCUGCUGUGGUACGCGCUGAGCGCGGGCGGCAACGUGGUGAACAAGGUGAUCCUGAGCGCCUUCCCGUUCCCGGUGACCGUGUCGCUGUGCCACAUCCUGGCGCUGUGCGCCGGGCUUCCCCCGCUGCUGCGCGCCUGGCGCGUGCCCCCUGCGCCGCCUGUCUCGGGCCCCGCCGGCCCGCACCCGGCGGCUGGCCCGCUGCUACCGCCGCGCUUCUACCCGCGCUACGUGCUGCCGCUCGCCUUUGGCAAGUACUUCGCUUCGGUGUCGGCGCACGUCAGCAUCUGGAAGGUGCCGGUGUCCUACGCUCACACUGUCAAGGCCACCAUGCCCAUCUGGGUGGUCCUCCUGUCACGAGUCAUCAUGAAGGAGAAGCAGAGCACCAAGGUGUACCUGUCCCUCAUCCCCAUCAUCAGCGGCGUCCUGCUGGCCACAGUCACCGAGCUGUCCUUUGACACGUGGGGGCUGGUCAGCGCCCUAGCUGCCACGCUGUGCUUCUCUCUGCAGAACAUCUUCUCCAAGAAGGUCUUGAGAGAUUCGCGGAUCCACCACCUCCGGCUCCUGAACAUCCUGGGCUGCCACGCCGUGUUCUUCAUGAUCCCCACAUGGGUUCUGGUGGACCUCUCAGCUUUCCUGGUCAGCAGUGACCUGACCUAUGUGUCACAGUGGCCGUGGAUGCUCCUGCUCCUGGCCGUGAGCGGCUUCUGUAACCUGGCCCAGAACGUCAUCGCCUUCAGCAUCCUCAGCCUCGUCAGCCCCCUGAGCUAUUCUGUGGCCAACGCCACCAAGCGCAUCCUGGUCAUCACUGUGUCCCUCAUCAUGCUGCGCAACCCGGUCACCAGCACCAAUGUCCUGGGCAUGAUGACAGCCAUCCUUGGAGUCUUCCUGUACAAUAAGACCAAGUAUGAUGCCAACCAGCAGGCGCGGAAGCAUCUCCUCCCAGUGUCAGGGGCCGACCUGGGCCUGCUGGAGAGGCCGCACAAUGGCGCCGUCUUCCCCGCACACGGCAGCUACCAGUACAGCCGCAGCAACAUCCUGACUGACCACUUCCAGUACGGCCGCCAGAGCCAUGGGAGCUCCUACACGCUCAACCGCUAUGACGUGUAGAGCCCCAAGUAGGGCUGGCGGAUGUGCGUGACUGACUGCCACAGGGCCUCACGUGGGCGGCCAAACCAGACCACAUGUACCACGGACAACUGGCAGCCCCAAGCAGCAAGAGCAGGGCUGGACCUGUGCAGUCAGCGCCCCACACACUCUGCCAGAUUAUCCAGUGACUUUCUGCUGGACAUUCAGGAACCAGUCUGGAGAAGUGGGGUCACUGUGGCUGCAGAGCUGGGAACCAACAGGAGGUGGCAUUCUGGGGGUACAGGGUGAGGAGGGGGCGUCUUGGGGAUGCCAGGCUGAGACACGCCUUGGGCUGGCCCAGGUGGUGCCCAUAGCAGUGUCAAGUAAGACAGUUUGCACCUGACCAGGAACCCAGGGCAGGAGCACCCCACCCUGCCCCUGUCCCCCUGAACCAAGUGGAGGCAUGGGGGCUGCUGUCAGUGUUGAAGCCAUGGUCACCUCUGGUGACCCUGAAGCUGGUCCAUGGGAAGAGCCUGGUGUGGCCAGAGUCUUGCAUUUUUGUAGUUGAGUGUCUUUAGGCCUUGGCCCCUUGGGCCACAGGACUGGCUUAUGGAUCAGACAGGUGUUUGUAUGUAAAUGGUGAAAAACAGCACAGGUGGCCAUUCCCAUGGAGACCUGUAAAGCCGUGGCUGUGGCAUGCCCGCCUGGCAGUAGGGUGAGAAUCAUGGCCUGGUUAAUGAGAGAGGUGAGCACCCCACAGAGUUGGCAUUCACUGUGUCCGUCUUUAGGGCCCUGGUUGAGCUAGGGCCAGCUAUAGGGCCUCUCCUGGGAAGUGAUUCAUGCCUUACUCCUGCCAUGGGUGGGGCACUUUGCGUAGGGAAGUGGAAUCUUGUAUUUUAGGAGUUUGCUUUUGUCCACUGGUUUUCUUGGCUGCCCAGGUGUCCACUCUGCCGGGGUAACCAUCUGUGUUGCUGCUGGUUCAGGUCUGGCAGGAAGACAUGGGUGUGGGGCCAUGGUGUGCAUGGCCACAAGUUACUAAUGAACUCCAGGACGCAUUACCACCAGCAUGGCUUUCAUGAAAUGAGUGUUGAUGGAAUCUGUAUAUUGUGUUUUCCUUUUCCAAUUCAAGAUCUAUUGGUGAGGGGAGAUGACUGCUUUGGUUUUCUUAUUGUUUAUAAAUUAAUAAAUGGAAUAUUUAAUUCUGUA